ACGUUUGACACGAGGAGUCACAUUUGCGGCGGGCCGUCGGUGAAGACCUUUUUGUGGGGGGUGAAUUGGCGAGUUGGCGUUGACGGAGAGAGAGGCAGGAAACUGCGAAGCCCAACGCCUCACGUGCGUGCCCGACCCGCUUCGCCACCAAACCAAUCAAAACCAUUGAAUAUUUGUAGAAUAUGCACAACCGCGUGGCCGAAUUGAGUUAUCGAUCUUAUCGCUGAAGCUGCGGAGCCCUAGCUCGGACCGGUUCGCUUGGCCAUGCGACUAUGGUUGUCUGAGAUCGGCCGCAUCCUCUCUAGAGAGGACUCCUUUGUCUCCGCGAAUUCUCGGGAUUCUCGUACGAAAACCUGUGAUGUCGCCAGAUCCGCAUGGCCCUAAUCCCAAGGUUAUCCUCUGCAACGCCGGCGCCGGCGCCGCUGCCGGGGUUAUUGCUGCAACAUUCGUGUGUCCUUUAGAUGUGAUAAAGACUAGGCUUCAGGUUCAUGGGCUGCCUCAGCUCAAUGGGAGUGUUAAAGGUAGUGUUAUAGUUGGUAGUUUGGAACAAAUAUUUCACAAGGAGGGGUUGCGAGGCAUGUACCGUGGGCUCGCUCCCACUGUGCUGGCAUUACUUCCUAACUGGGCGGUUUAUUUUUCAAUGUAUGAGCAGCUGAAAAGCAUUCUUUCUUCUGAUGAUGAGAAUCAUCAUCUGUCAAUUGGUGCUAACGUGGUAGCUGCUUCCGGUGCUGGAGUUGCAACAUCCAUUGCUACAAAUCCUCUUUGGGUUGUGAAGACAAGGCUUCAAACUCAGGGAAUGAGGCCAGGCAUAGUACCGUAUAGGAGUACGUUGUCUGCUUUGAGGAGAAUAGCUCACGAGGAAGGCAUUCGUGGGUUGUACAGUGGUCUUGUGCCUGCUUUGGCUGGUAUCAGUCAUGUUGCAAUACAAUUCCCAACAUAUGAGAAAAUAAAGUUCUACUUGGCCAAUCGAGAUAAUACAACAACGGAUAAACUAAGUGCAAGUGAUGUUGCUGUUGCCUCAUCAGUCUCCAAAAUAUUUGCUUCUACAUUGACAUAUCCACAUGAGGUUGUACGCUCUAGGCUUCAAGAACAAGGCCACCACUCUGAGAAGCGGUACUCUGGCGUAACUGAUUGUAUUAAGAAAGUAUUUCAGCAAGAAGGCCUAGCUGGUUUUUACCGUGGGUGCGCUAUCAACCUUCUGAGGACUACCCCAGCUGCUGUUAUCACAUUCACUAGCUUUGAGAUGAUUCACCGGUUUCUUGUUGCUGUUCAGCCAAACCCGUUGUAAAGAUUGAUUGCACAGAAUCGAGGAUAUAGGGAAGAAACUUGCAUUACUACAGUCACUACUAAAGAGCCAACCUUAAUGGUCUUGUUGUUGAUGCAGUUUCUGAUUUGUUUAUGUAUUUUAAUUGGUUAUGGUGGUUUUGAGCAAUAGCCCGCAAACCCUCGUCAAACUUCUAUAGCAUCAGAGGAGAUUGUUAUACAGACUGAUAAUGAUGAAAAUUGUUACAAUCUAGUUCAAUCUAUACAUUCUUUUUUCUCUGGGGACUGCUGAA